AUGACAAGCAUUAUCACAGACAUAUUUCACAAGACUUAGAAAAUUGUUAACUAUUAUGAAGAAGAAAGAAAAACUUAUACUGCAAUUAUGUACAUGCUAGUAUCAGGAGUGUUUUUUAUUCUUAGUGGGACAUUUAUAAAAAAAGUUACAAAUGUUUCAGCAAUGGAAAUAUUUUGUUUAAGGUCAGUAUGCUCAUUUUUAAUUAAUUCAUCAGUUAUUGCCAUCAAAGGCGAUUAAAAUAUCUACACUAAGGAUAAAGAAGCCUAUGGUUUGCUUUUGAAAAGAGUCCUCUUUGGUUUUAUAGCAGAUUACUUCUUUGUUGCUAUGCUAAAGUAUCUAACCAUGGGAGAUUGUACCUCUAUUGUAAUGACUUAUCCUAUAUUUUCAACAAUACUAGCUUCAAUUCUACUAAAGGAACAUGUUUCUAAAUAUUUAAUUUACAGUAUUUUUUUUUGUGUAAUCGGAAUCAUAUUUGUCUGUAAGCCUCCUUUCAUCUUAAACUACUUCUUUGAUUCUUACAGUCAAUCCUAAAGCCCAAACAUAUUCCUUGGUUUUUUGAAUGGACUUGGUUUUGUUACUUUUUUAAGUUUUUCUAUAGUAACUACAAGAAAAUUAGGCGGAAAAGUCACAAUCUAAGUUUUGUUGUAAUAUUUAUACUUUUGUACUAUCUUUGCCUCAACUAUAUUUAUAAUGAGUAGCGGAGAUGAAAUUAAGAGCUAUGUUACUCUUAACAAUAUAUUUAUGCUUAUAGGAACUGGCUUUAGUUAAUAUUGUGCUAACAUAUUCUAUAAUAAAUCAUUAUUUUUAGAAAAAGCCACAGUUGUAAUUCCUCUGUCAUAUACCUAAGUCAUAUUUAGCUUCUUGUCUGAUGUCUUCAUUUUCAAAGUUGCUCCAAAUAUCUUUAGCAUAAUAGGAUGCCUUUUUAUUGUAUCAGGAAGUUAUUUAACCUUAAAGUAAUGA